CACACCUGGUACCAUAGUCUUUGCCCCUCAUUUAUGAAACUCAAUUCAUUAUUUUAGUGGGCGGCUUGACACCCAGCAGCCUCCAUUUAUACCAAGGAAUUUCCUUCCUGGGGGGCCGCCAUCUUCACCUCCAUGCAUUAUUACUAAAUCCUUCCGUUUCUUCCUCCCCUUCUCUCUCCCCAUCCAUCUCUCCCUCUCUCGAUGGCGGGAAAACACGACGAUGAGCAGCUGCUCGUUCAAAGAAACAGCUCCGCCGCCGCGGCCGCCUCCUUCGUCGCCGGCGCAGAUGACAUACCCCCGAUCACAAACCUCCGUGACUUCUCCAGAGAGUUCUGCGCCGAAUCGGCCAAGCUCUGGUUCCUGGCGGGCCCCGCCAUCUUCACCACCAUCUGCCAAUACUCCCUCGGGGCCGUCACCCAGGUCUUCGCCGGCCAGGUAGGGACCCUCGAGCUCGCCGCCGUCUCUGUCGAGAACUCUGUCAUCGCCGGCUUCUCCCUAGGCACCAUGGUGGGCAUGGGAAGCGCGUUAGAAACACUGUGCGGGCAAGCCUACGGGGCAGGACAGGUGGACAUGCUAGGAGUCUACCUACAACGCUCGUGGGUCAUCCUCCUCGCCACGUCAACCCUCCUCACCCUAACCUACAUCUUCGCCGCCCCACUUCUCCUCCUGAUCGGCCAGCCCGCGUCCAUCUCACGCGCCGCUGGCACCUUCGCGAUCUGGAUGCUCCCCCAGCUCUUCGCCUACGCGCUCAACUUCCCCAUGGCCAAGUUCCUGCAAGCCCAGAGCAAGAUGGCCGUGAUGGCCGGGAUCGCGACGGCAGCGCUUGUCCUCCACGCGGCCCUCAACUGGGCGCUUUUAGUGGUGAAUCCGUCGUGGAGCCUCGCCGGCGCGGCGGCGCUGCUGGACGGCGCGUGGUGGUUCAUCGUGGCGGCGCAGUUCGUGUACGUGGUCGGCGGGGGGUGCGGGAAGGCGUGGGGCGGGUUCACGUGGAAGGCGUUCCGUAAUUUGUGGGGGUUCGUGAGGUUGUCGCUAGCGUCGGCUGUCAUGGUUUGCUUGGAGAUAUGGUACUUCAUGGUAUUGAUACUGUUUGCUGGCUAUCUCAAGGAUGCUGAAGUAUCUGUGGCUGCUCUGUCCAUCUGCAUGAACAUUUUGGGGUGGACCAUCAUGGCGGCUUUUGGAAUGAAUGCAGCAAUCAGUGUUAGGAUCUCCAACGAAUUGGGAGCAGGUCAUCCGAGAACGGCGAGAUUCUCGCUGGUAGUGGCCGUGGUGUCAUCUUUUAUGGUGGGCGUCGCCCUUGCACUCAUUCUGAUGGUCACUAAAGACCACUACCCGUCUCUGUUCUCCAACGAUUCAGCCGUGAAACGUGUCGUCACAGAUAUGACUCCCCUGCUAGCUCUGUGCAUCGUCAUUAACAAUGUCCAGCCUGUUCUCUCAGGCGUUGCGAUUGGGGCUGGGUGGCAAGCAGCGGUGGCGUACGUGAAUAUUGGUUGCUACUAUCUGUUCGGGAUUCCGUUGGGCUUGAUUCUGGGCUACCAAUUUGAUAUGGGUGUCAUGGGGAUUUGGUCAGGGAUGAUGGCUGGAACGGUGUUGCAAACUCUUGUGCUUUACUGGAUGAUCUACAAAACUAACUGGAAUACGGAGGCUUCUAAUGCGGAAGACCGGAUAAAGAAAUGGGGAUGAGAUGGAGAGGUGACUAAUCGCUCUGUGAUAUUAACAAACUGCUACAUCAGUCUUUCGGUAAACAACCAUUUGAAUGUUAAUCGGCACAUCCAUGUUAUUACACAUCAUCGGUAUUAUGUUUGUUGUUUUUGCUCUAAUGGAGUAUUUGCCCAAUCUUGUAUUGGUGUAGUUUACAAAAAUGAAGGUAGAAUAUACAAUGAUAAGAUGAAGUUGAAGAUGAAAUUUUUCGAAAUGUAAAUAUGAGAGUGUGACAACCAAGGCCGACUGUUAGCUUGUGUUCGCCAGCUCUAUAGAACAAGGCCUUCAAUAUAGAGAUGGGAUUAAUUAUGAGUUGUCGGAAUCUCAAAUAUCGGAGUAUAAGAUGGAGCAUAAAAAUAAAACAUUUAUUUGUCUUUCAUUUGCUAAUAAACACUUUGCAUAAUGCACACCAGGUUUUAGAUUCAAAUCUUGUUUAUUGUAUUAUUCAUUUAAGUAAAUGUCUUUUUAUGCCUAUUAAUUUAUCAUAACUGAACUAAACCGUCCCUCCACUUUAAUAGUUUAAUCCUUUUAGUUAUUCAACUUAAAGUGUGUACAUUUAACUCUCAUUACAUAGGUAUCCAUUUAUUUAAUAUAACUUGUCUAAACUGUCCAUUCAGUCCCUCCACUUCAAUAUUUUGAUUGUUUUAGUUCUUGAACUUUGGUAAGGCACUAGUGAAGGCACUCGCGCUAUUCUUAGCCUUCUCCAUCGUCAUCAAUUAUGGUCAACCUGUUCACUCUGGUUAGCUCUAACUUUGAACAGCUUCUGGAGACGCCAUCAUGAGAACUAAUCUGCGGGAAGGUGAGGUGGUUCUAUUUCUUCUUUACGGUUUAGGGAUGACUUAGGUAACCAGUUUGUGGAGCGAGAGCGGGAGCGAGAACGUGAGAGCGCCUAUUCAUGAAGAACUCGAGAUAGAGAGCGUGUACAGAGCGUCAUUAUUAUAUUAUUAUUAAUUAUUUUUUAUGGUAGUUCAUACUUUUUUUUGUGAAAAUGAUAGUUAGUACUUAAUAGUUAAUACAAAGAGUACUACAUUAAUAUUUAAUAAAAAUAUCAAUUAAUUGAAAUAAAAAUAGGAAAGUAAUAAAUAAACGGAUUGAAGAAGAAACACAAAAGGAAAAAAUUAUUCACCCUACAAAAUAGGAUAGACAUGUACAUAUUUACCUAUAAUUUAUCAAUUUUACUUUACUCGUUCCUCAAUUUCCAUCUUCUUCCAUUAUAAAAACAAAAAACAAAAAGUUGACCGUCUGCUCAACUGCCUUCCUCCACCCACCGUCGAGUACUAAUUCCGGCGAAGAUUCUCAAAAUCCUUUUUAUGUUCUGAUAGUUCGACAGAUAGAUGGGCUUUCCCAUCUUGCUUUGUGAUGAUCUCGUCCCUCAUCUUAUUGUCAAAGUUGUUAUAGCUUUUCAAGUUUAGAAGCUACCGCCGGUGGUUCCAGCUGGCUACAGUGAGUGAUUUCAAUUAGAGGAAAUAUGUAAUGAAUAAAUCUCGUUCAUCUAACAGAAAGGAGGAAGGGAGAUUGACGUUUACUAAUGCGACGACAUUGCAUAAGGGGGAAAUAACGGGGCUGAUGAAGUUAAUAUAUCUCUGUUCUAGUUUUAAAGAGUUAGACGGCGAGAGAAGCUUUUCCUCAACCAAUUCGCGAACUCAAAAAAAUAAAUCGCGCUCUCUACAAAGUUGGUUCACGAAUUUUUCCCGACUUCCAAAGAAUCCGCAUUUAGACGCGCUAGAGCGGGAGCGGCAGCCCUAUGCUGACGAAUUAGGUAACCUAAGGGGUGACCCGUAAUCAUUGGAGCAGUAUGGCUAGCAGCAGUGGCACACGUGAACAUUGUAAUCAUGUCAGUCUCGUUGAACUUGUUUUAGUUUUUUAACUCUGGAUGUUGCAGGGGAUCAGGUAUCGUAUGCUUAACAAUACUACAGACUAUGCUUCUCUUCUGGACGAUUACAGAAACCAACUGGAACGAAGAGGUGCGUGUUGAUGGUUUUUGCUAAUAGAAAGUUUGACCAAACUGGUCAAGUGGAAGAAAACUUGACAGAAAUUAUUUUGGGCUAUUGAAAUGCAGGCUUCUGCUGCAGAAUAAAGGAUAAGAAGAUGGGGAGGAGAUGAAGGAACCAAAGAGAUUAAUGCUUGACAAGAAAUGGAAUCUAGUAUCCUCCAUAAUGGGGAGUACUGCACUCCCGGGCAAUCCCAGACCAUGUCACUACCCAGUUGUUAUAUGGCUACCUUUGAAGUUUGAACUUAACUCGUACCUUCACAUCAAAGAUGGGGGAAUAAAGUAGCUUUCCUUACUGCAAGAUGUUUGCUCUUGCACAAUUUGAAUAGAAACAGUAAGACUCAACACACAGGAUAACGACGAAACCACAAGACCUUGGCAAGUAAACUGCCUCUGGAAUCUAACAACCAAAUUCAAGCACAGUCACAGAUCAAAGACAUUCUGGAAGAAAGGUUCAGCAAUAUUGAUUGCUAAAGAUGGAUCGUCUAGUUGUAAACAAAGGUACAAAAGCCAGCCAUGAACAUACUGCUGUACAAGUCAUUUCAGGUUUCUUUCAUAGCCCUCCAGUUUUGGCAUUGACAUAGAACAGAGGAACCUGCCUUAACAUACACCAUAGGUAACUGCCGUCGACUGCUGAAUACAAACUAUCAUCUCAC